AUGGAAGAUACUAAUUUUCUAGAAAAUAAUAUUCGCGUUGUGGUUGGAUUAGAUUUUGGAACAACUUACUCUGGAUUUGCAUAUUGUCAUGUUUGCAAUGAAAGAAAUGUUUGUUCUAAUGAUAAUUGGCACGGGGAAGUAGGUCAAUUAAAAACCAAUACAGUUCUUCAGUAUGAUGAUACAUACAAUGUAAAAUUAUGGGGUGCCCCAGCUAUGGCCAAAAAGCCCAAUCGUCGAAACAGAGGACAAAACAAUGAAAGAAAUAGACCUGUUGAAUUGUUCAAAUUAUAUUUGGAAGAUUUAUCGGACAAAUUAAAACCAAAUCUUCCAGUUGAAUAUAAAAAAGCUAUUACCGACUAUCUUAGGGAAAUCAGCAAGGUAAUUAAAGAAACUGUCGGGAUACGAUGGCCAAAGAUCGAAUAUUUCGAGAAUGUCCUUCUGAUUCUCACCGUUCCUGCAGAAUUUUCCGAAAAGUCAAAAGCGAUCAUGAGAAUAUGUGCAUUUGAUGCAGAAUUAAUUAAAGAAGCAUGCUCAACAAAUUUGCAAUUUACUACAGAACCUGAAGCAGCUGCUGUAUAUUGCAUGAAAAACCUUGAAAAACAGAAUUUUGCACAACCAGGAACUAAUUUUAUGAUAGUUGACUGUGGUGGUGGUACAGUAGACUUAACAACUCAUAAAUUUAUAAACAACGAACAAUUGAGCGAAAUAACUGAAAGAGCAGGCGAUUGUUGUGGAAGUACUUUUAUCGAUGAUGAAUUUGUUAAAUAUUUACGAAAGACACUUGGAGAUGAACCUAUGGACUUGCUUAGAGAUAAUAACUAUGAUCAAAUGCAAUAUUUGAUACAACAGUUUUGUAAAUAUGGUAAAAUUUCUUUUACAGGAGAUGAUCCGGAUUUUUUAUAUGAGUUGGAUAUUCGAGAUACGAUUCCGAUCUUAGAACAGCAAUAUAUUGUUGAUGAUGAUAUCAGAGAAACUUUAGAAAAAAAUGAAUGGGUAAUCGAAAUUGAUUUUGAAACUAUGAAAUCGAUAUUCGAGCCUGUUGUCCGAAAAAUUCUCAAGCUGAUAAAAGUUCAACUAGAUAAUGCUCAAGAAACUUGUUCUGCAAUGUUUUUAGUUGGAGGUUUCAGUGAAUCAAAAUAUUUACAAAAAAGAAUUAAACAAGAAUUUAGUCCUCGAAUAAAUGAUAUUUCAGUACCUAUUCAACCUAUGGCAGCAAUUUCACGUGGAGCAGUAAUUUACGGAUUAUCUAUAAGAUUAAAUGAUUUGAAUACUGUAGGAAAUAAUGAAAAUAUGAAAUGCGUUAUUUCUUCAAGAGAAAGGGAAGAUCCUGUACAUAGAAAAACUCAAGAUGGAUUUAUUGAAAAAUUUCAAUGUUUAGUUAGACGUGGCACUAAAAUAAAUAUUAAUCAGGAAAUUAAAAGGUCUCGUGUACCGAUUCAUUCCGAGCAAAAUGAAAUGAUUCAUUGUUUAUACUAUACUAAAGAGUAUGAAGCAGAAUAUUGCGAUGAUCCUGGCAUGGAGCUUUUAGGAAAACUUCAUAUUGAUCUUCCUGGUUCAGGUCUCGAUAGACCUGUGUUAUUUGGAAUAACUUUUGGAAAUAUGGAAAUUACUGCUACUUCAAAAAAUGAACUUACUGGUCAAAGUUAUAAAGCUAUUUUCAAGUUUGACUUAGAUAAUUAAAAGCAUAAUUUUGAUUCACCUCAUCACGUGACGAACUUACCAUUUUUUGAUUGGCUGAUUAAAUUCAAAAUUAUCCUCGUUCGACUCGUUCGUUUAUUGUUUCGAUUCUCUUCCCCCUUUUUUAGUCACCCUUUUUUCUUCGUUCUCUUUUUUUCUUUCGUUUUUCUCUUUUCAAUCUUCGUUGUAUAUUUUUCUUUUGUAUAUUUUUUUUUCGUUAUUUGACAUUUUUUUUUAUUUUUCUUUUUAAUUUUAUACUUUGAGAGAAUAAAACUCAAUUAAAGGUACAUUUUCUUUUUGUCUUUUUUUAUUUUUUUAUCAUUCCUU